AUGACAUACAAACAACUGGUGGCGAAGGUGAAGGAGAAGCUGGUGUUGCGUGCACAUGAAGUUGUCAUUAAGAUGUCUUACCAAUUUCCUGCGUGGUUUGAACUUGAUGAGGGUAACGGAUCCACCCCGCAAUACAUUACUGACGAUGAAGAGGUUGCUGUAUUCAUAAGGAUGCGGCGUUUUAUAGAAGAAGUUGACCUAUGCGUAAGUGUUGUUAACAAGAGUUGUCCUAAACAAGCUUCGCCCCCACCUCCGCGGAGACAUUGGCUGCGCUAUGUCUCUGCUAAUGAUGAUGAAGAUUCUGAAUCAGACUCAGAUGAUAUUGACUGGCAUGAAUUUGCAUUAGACUACUCAACGCCAAAACCGAAACAACAAUCAGAAAACCAAACAAACGUUGCGAAGGAGGAUAUCAUCAUGGCCUCGGUGCAGCCGACAGCGCAGUCAGGCAUCGUUAUCAAAGAAGGCGGUGGUAGCAGUCGGAAGAAGCCUACUAGCAGUUGUGCACGUGAUAAAGGAAAAGCUGUUGCGGAUGCUGAUGGAGAGGAAACUUCUUCGGACAGUGAUGACAAUGACUUCCAGAUUGUCCCCUUUUCGCAACCUGAUAAUCCAAUGCUAGUUGAGUGUAGCCAAGCUCGGCCUCGCCACAAUGAUCCUGUCACCGAAGGUGAGCCAAAUAGACCCCCCUCUGACGCAACUUCUACUGGGAGCACAGAAGGCAUAGGUGUUGAAGUGGAAGUUAACUCUGUUACAAUGUGGGGACGAGUGGAGGAAGCCUUACAUUCCAUGCUAUCAGAUAUGACUGACGAUCCGGCGUUGUUCUGCCGUGAUGCACCACCGGUAUUCAAUGAUGGAAAAGGUGAAGGUGUCGACACAGCUAUAUCAGACAUACAGUACGAAGGGGACAAGUUGUUUGUUGGGCGUGUUUUCAAAUCAAAGUCAGAUUGCAAGAUAAAGAUUGCCAUACAUGCUAUCAAUCGGAAGUUCCAUUUCAGGACAAGCCGGUCAACACCAAAAUUCAUGGUGCUCAAAUGUAUAUCGAAGUCAUGUCCGUGGUGUGUUUAUGCAGCUAAGAUUGAUUCUUCUGAUCAUUUCCAAGUACGCCAAGCAACUCAAAAACAUACCUGCACGGUUGAUGAGAGGAGGAGCUACCAUCGACUGGCAACCACACAAGUUAUUGGAGAGAUAAUGCAGAGCCAUUUCGUGGGCGUGAGGCGUGGUCCAAACGCGGCUGCAAUCCGCAAAAUUCUACUUGACGAGUACCAUAUCAACAUAUCUUACUGGAAAGCUUGGCGUGCAAGGGAGGUGGCAAUGGAGCUGUCAAUGGGUUCAAUGGCUGGUAGCUAUGCCCUUCUGCCCACAUAUAUUGGAUUACUACAGCAAACAAAUCCCGGGUCUGUCUGUUUCACUGAGCAUGUCGACGAGCCUGAUGGGGCAAUGCGAUUUAAAUACCAAUUCAUCGCAUAUGCAGCAUGUGUUAAAGGGUAUCAAUACAUGAGGAAAGUUGUGGUGGUUGAUGGAACUUCCAUGAAGGCUCGAUAUGGUGGUUGCCUCCUUACCGCAAGCUGUCAAGAUGGCAAUUUCCAAAUUUUUCCGCUUGCUUUCGCGGUAGUUGAUAGCGAGAACGAUGAUUCUUGGGAGUGGUUUUUCAGGAGCCUUUCUACAUUUGUACACGACACCACCGACUUAGUUUUCAUUUCAGAUCGACACAACAGCAUAUAUACUGGGUUGCGGAAGGUAUACACUGAGGCGCACCACUCAGCCUGUACGGUGCAUCUUUGGCGCAAUGUGCGCCAUCUAUACAAGCCCCAGUUGCUGGCUGGUCUAAUGUCUUCGGCAGCUAGAGCAUUUGUCAUUGAAGAUUUCAACAAAAAAUUCUUGGAAAUUCAACGAGUUAACCCUGGUUGUGCAGCUUAUCUAGUGGACAUUGGGUUCACACACUGGACCAGGGUUCAUUCGCAAGGGAAGAGGUACAAUAUCAUGGACAGUAACAUUGCAGAGUCAUGGAACCAAGUACUUAAAGAGGCCAGAGAAUAUCCCCUCAUUUGUAUGUUAGAAUACAUCAGGACGACAGUGAUGGAAUGGUUUGCUAUACGCCGAGCUAGGUCUGCACGUUCCGCUUCAGUAAUAGCUUCAAAGUGUCGUGAAAUUGUUGAGGAGAACUUCGAAAGUGCCAUGUCUAUGGCGGUUCGGCCUAUUAGUGACUUUGAGUUCCAAGUCCAGAUAAGGAGUGGAGAAUGCUUCACUGUUAAAUUGGUUGAAGGGACAUGCUCAUGCAACGAGUUUCAGUGUUUGAGCAUACCUUGUCCGCAUGUCAUAGCAGCCGCAACGCGUUUAGGUGUGUCUAUAGAUACAUUCGUUGACACAGCUUACUUUGAGGAGACUAUCCGCCACUCAUACGAAGAGAAGAUAUAUCCAAUUCCAUCUGUUGGUGGUCAUACUACGGCGGAUGCUGCAUCUGGAACCAGGGGUGACCUUAACCCACCACGUUCCCGCCGUCCACCAGGUAGACCCAAAAAAAUCAGGAUCUUGUCUAGAGGAGAGUUCAAGGUUUGUUUUAUUAGUGUGAAAACGUAGUUGUACUUAUCCCUUGCUGUGUUCCAUUAAUGCUAGACAAUCUCUAUUUAUGUUACGUUAAUGCAGCGUCCGCGCCCUAAAUCAACAAGGAGAUGUUCCCGUUUUUGCCGCACAGGGCACAACAAGGCAUCUUGCAAAAACGCCAUAUAAGUAGUUAUCUACAGCAAUGGGGUACGUAGUAUGUGCGGAGCGAUGGUCUUUUGGAUGUGUUCAUAAAUAAUGGAAGCAACCAGUGCAAUGAUGUAUAUAGUAUCGGUGACAGGGGCAAUUUUUGACUCAAAAUAAUUUGGUAUAUCCAAGGAUGGUGUAUACCACUUUAUUUUGAAGUAUAAGCACCUCUACUUCUGUUCAUAUAUUUGUAUCUGGUUGCUAAAUCGUCUAUGGUGUAUAUAGUGUUGUAAUGCUCACUGGCACAAUGGUUUGUUUUUUGUGU